AUGCCUCGCACCGUCCUCAUCACGGGCUGCUCCAGUGGCGGCAUGGGCGCCGCGCUGGCCUUAGAAUUCCACCGACGCGGCGACCGCGUGUUCGCGACGGCACGAAGUCUCUCAAAGAUGGCCGACCUGAAGUCCGCGGGUAUCGAGACGCUCGUCCUCGACGUCGUGUCCGAGGAAUCGAUCCAGGCGUGCAUGAGCCACGUCUCCUCAUUGACGGGCGGCUCACUGGACAUCCUAAUCAACAACGCCGGCCGGGGUUACUGCAUGCCGAUCAUCGAUCUUUCAAUCGCCGAGGCAAAGGAGGUGUUCGAUCUCAACUUCUGGGCAAUCCUGCGCAUGUCCCAGGUUUUCUUCCCUCUGCUGCGAAAGGCGGCCCAGGACCACGGCGGCGCCCUCCUUGUUAAUCAGACCUCUGUCAGCAGCGUCUUGGGCGCUCCCUUCUUCGGCGCCUACAACACUUCAAAAGCCGCCGCAGCCAUGCUCGUUCAAAACCUGCGCCUGGAGCUCGCCCCGUUCGGGAUAAAAGUGAUCGAUCUCAAGACUGGCGGCGUGAAGACGAAUAUCCACGACAACGGGAACUUGUGCCACUUACCACUUCAUUCUCCCUAUGCCGCAGUGCGAGCCGAGGUUGAGAAGCUCUCUACAGGAGACUUUAUCACGGACAGCCAGGAUGCGGGACUGUGGGCGAGGAAUGUCGUCGGCGACCUCAACAACAACAGCCCGCCGACCAUCAUAUGGCGCGGCAAGUCGGCUUCGCAGGUCAAGAUCGUAUCCAUCUUCCCGGUCACCAUGUUCGAUUCAACGUUCAAGAGCCUCUCGAAGUUGGAUGUAUUUGAGCAAAGGCUGAAGGAAUCGCAGUUGAAGGGGUCUGAGAAUUGA